GCUCGCGCUCGGUGAGUACUGGAGUACUGGGACUACUGUGAUGUUAGAUGCAUCCGCUCCUUUACGGUUCCCGCGAAGAUUCGUAUAACCUCUUUUCUUGCUUUUCGCGAGUGUUCCACACCCUUGUCGCUAGGUUAGCGCGUAGCGACAUAUUUCCUUCUUGUCGUGUGACUUUGCGCGUGCCUGCGCCCUGCGCCCUGCGCCUGUCACGUAAUAGAAACGUCUCUCGCGGAAUAAUGAAAUCUUUAGAUAACGAAAAGAUUUGUCGACUUGCGAUUUGACAGUUGGCGAGUUCGCCCUUGUCACUGUACGUAUAUACAAAGUGAGUGCCGUGCCGACCGAACGUUCUGCUUAUGAAUGCACGCCAAAAGAAAUACGCACGAUGAGUACCGCCGCGAACGUUGCGCGUGCAUUGUGAUUGCGGAAUAUUGACGGACACGGUUAAUUAUUUCACCCACCGAUAACGGAUCUGUCUUGGUUAUUCGUUGAAAGGAACAAGAAAUAGGCUACACGAAUGAGACAGAUCAAUCUUGCAUGAUCCGCAAGUUCACGUCUGUGCGGUCUGUGUGUCGAGUGUCGAGUGUCGAGUGUCGAGUGAUAAUCUCGUAGCGUAACGUUUGUUAACACCGUCUAAACACUUUUAAACGGCCAAAAUGUCAAAGAACAAACUCAACUUGACAUUACCACCUGGGUCAAUAGAACCGGUACCAGAAGCAUCGCCGUCGCCACCGGUUCCACCUUUACCUGCCUACCCGGAACCUGCAGAGAUGCCCGAUGGCAUGAGGGAUACAUUCAACAUAGCGGCACUCCAAGAGAGACUGGAGGAGCUGGAAAUGGACGAGGAACAAAGGAGACGACUAGAGAGCUUUCUGGGACAGAAACAAAGAGUUGGAGAACUUUGCGGCGAGGACUUUGAAAAAUUAAGUGACUUGGGUUCGGGUAAUGGUGGUGUUGUUUCGAAAGUCAAACAUAAAAAAUUUGGUGUUAUAAUGGCGAUGAAGCAAAUACGCUUGGAAGUGAAGCCACUCAUUAAGAAGCAAAUAAUUAGAGAAUUAAAAGUCCUUCACGAAUGUAACUUUGCACAUAUAGUUGGAUUUUAUGGUGCUUUUUGCAGUGGAGGAGAAAUUUGUAUAUGUAUGGAAUAUAUGGAUGGUGGAUCGUUAGACCAAAUAAUGAAAAGAGCAGGACGAAUUCCAGAAUCCAUGAUAAGUACAAUCACGUGUGCUGUUUUAAAAGGUUUAACCUACUUGCGAGAUAAGCAUGCCAUAAUGCACCGGGACGUAAAACCAAGCAACAUCUUGGUGAAUAGCGCGGGCGAGAUCAAACUCUGCGACUUUGGCGUUUCUGGACAACUGAUUGAUUCGAUGGCUCAUUCGUUCGUCGGCACACGAAGUUACAUGUCGCCAGAAAGACUCCAGGGAUCGCAUUACUCGGUGCAGAGCGAUAUUUGGUCGCUUGGACUGUCACUCGUGGAAAUGGCAAUUGGAAUGUAUCCUAUACCACCACCGGAUGAUAAGCUUCUAGCCUCGAUAUUUGGUUCAGAAUGGGUGCAACACGCCGGGGAGAAUCCGGCUGACCGUCAAGUCAACGAGUCCACGCCGUCAACGAAAGGUUGCACGCACGCUCCCAAGCCCUUGGCGGUAUUCGAACUUUUGGAACUGAUAGUCAAUGAACCACCGCCGAGACUGCCAUCCGGAUUAUUCAGCAACGCUUUUAUAGAUUUCACCGAUCGGUGUUUAAAGAGAAACCCAAACGACAGGGCAGACUUGAAAACGUUGACGAAUCACGAGUGGAUAAAGAAAGCCGAGUCGGAGAACGUAGACCUCGCUGGAUGGGUGUGUCGCACGCUGAACCUGCAACCGUCUACGCCAACGCAUUUGUCGACUGUGCAGUCUUGAAUAAAUGUAACUCUUACAUACUUGACUACGUAUAUUCGCGUUCAGUACUCCUAAGUUACGUCUCGGUUCAUUUAGGUUUUCAUUCGGCCAGACGGUGGCGUAUAUCCCUUACGUCUUCUUUCCUAUCGCGCGCGCGCGAUAUCUUUUUUACAAAAUUAAUAUAGACCUACCAAUACUUUUGGUAGAUGUGCCAGAUCUGUGGACCGUAGAUCAGAUCAACACGCGGUAUCGCUGUUCACUCUUGAGCAUUACGCGAAUGAUUACUGGAGAGGAUUUAGUUACAAAGGCAGUCGUAAGGAAUCCAAUUGAUACCACGUUGUCAUGUAUCUCGGCUACUUUCUUGGUUUUACAGGGAGAAACGACUACGUGUUGUAAUAUGUGUAAUAAUAAUCUGUCAAGUAUCACCGUGAUGUAUAAGUGAACUUAUGUACUUGUCUUGCGAAUUGAUUCUUGCUGGUCGGAUCAGUCACGUUUCGCUCGGACUUUGCUCGUCCAAGUAAUUUGUACGCAGCACGCCACUGUGCCAAAUAUUAAUUUCGUAAGAUUCACUUUACGUGUUCGUCUUAUGCUUCUGUUGAAAGUAUGUAAGAUAACAAAUUGCAAUAUAAGUUUAUUAUUAGAUUCAUGGGCAAAUUAUGUUCCCCGUGAUAUGAUAUUAGGAUGCGCGAAUGAGCAUUAAACUUACGAACGUCGUUUGAAAAAAUUAAUUAGAUCGAGUUACUUGUAUAAGAUUUGUACCUGACAUCCAUAGAAACGUUAUUUACACGAUCAAAAAUUUCAUUCUUGAUCACGUUAAACCGUUGUUUUUAUAUCGAUGCAUGACUUGAUUAAACACGGUUGCAAUCUUUAUUUUCACUCACUCAUUCAUACACGUGCGCGUGUGUGCGUGCCCCAUACAUACGCGCGUUCGCGCGCGCGUUUUUUACAUUGUAGUGAUCAUUUUAAAAAGAGGCAACCUAGAGAAAAUAUUUUGAUAAUAUAAUUCGAAAGUCCUUGGAAUUAACUCGCUUGCGAAUUUAUCAACAUUAAUGUAUCAACUUACAUUUAUUAGACUCUUGUAUACAUUUGAGAUGUAAAAAAGAUCAAUUCUGUCAUCGCAUAAUAAUCAAUCUUUCAGUACAUUGGCAAACGUACAAAGUAGAAAGAAACUUAUCUGAUUUUUCACAUAAUCGCGAUUUUCAUUACGAAUGAUGAAAUACUUUGUAACACGAUUUGAGCUAUUUACAUACUCGAUAGGAUUUAGAAUAUUUCAUUACAAAUUUUUUUGCUGCAAAGUAUACGUGCAUACAGUGGGUGAUAUUUUCGAUUCCUUCCUAGUGCUAAAUCUCCGAUAAAGACUGGAUUUAUUAUCGGUAUUUUAUAUUAAUUUAAAAUUAUAAAAUGCAUGAUAGUAAUAGAGCGAAGUAUCUCACCUUUUCAUUUUGUUGAUGAAUAAUGAAAAUAAAAUAUACAUAUGUGUGCGUGUGUGUGCGUGCGUACGUGUGUGUACACAUGAUUCAACUGUAACAAAAAAAUUGACCUUCUGCGCAUCCAAUUGCAUGUCAAAUCUUAUUGUGCAAUUUUUAUAAAUGUAUUUUGAGAAACAUCUUGCCAUUUUAUGGUCAACAUGAAAUUCACGAAUAUUUGCAAAAUUAAAUGCUAAUAGUUCUCUUUAUUUCAUUGUCUCAUCUUUAUCAGUAUGCUUCAUUAAAUGUAAAUUGCUGCAAUUUUCCGGUAAUUUAAACAGAAAUUUUAUCAUGCAACGCUUAAUCAAUGAUUACAUUAUUAUUGAUAUAAAAGUUGACAAACGGGACAUAUUUCAGCAGUGAAAAUGCAUAAACAAUGCAAUAGGAUCAUUGUGGGAAAUACGAAUAGAUUGCGAAUAGUAUUAUGAUGGUACCGAUUUAUCGUUCGUUGAAAUGUCUUGUGCUGAAUAUAUUUUGCAGAUGUAAUCUACAAGUUAGUCUCAUAUCGCAUGUAAUAACUGUCUAAGUCUAAGUCACAAGUUGACUUAAAAUUAAUCACCGGAUUGAAGUAUUACGAGUGUCUGUAUGUGUACACACACACGCGCGCGCGUGCGAGAGAGAGAGAGAGAGUAUAUAUAACUUGUGUGUGUAUAUAUAUGCCGUGAGAUACUUCUCCAUGUGUGUAUAUGUAUGAGAGCGUAAGACACUCAAGAAUUAAAGUCAUAUUACGUUUAUAUCGCGAUCAACGGCAACACAAUAAUAGUAAAGACAAACGCAUGUAAUGCAUACAUUGUUGUAAAAUGGUUUCCAUUAUCUACCAUAGGAAGACAAUACACACGAUUGAAAGAUAUCCGCGCGAAAAGAUCGUGUCGUAAAAUGUAUGGAAAUGCCAAUAUAAUUUAGCAAUUUUAUCAAGCGAUGAUUCAUAAUUUUGCGCAAAGUUCGUAAUUCCUAGCACUUAUUAAAAUAUGUGCACAUUCCUUGUUGCAUAUAUGUGCAUAAUAA